AUGCUUUCCGCCACCAGCUCGCCUUCCGUCACACAGCAUACCAAUGAAUUCAGCGUGCCACACGCCAUCCGUUCCGCCUCCUCCCCUUCCGCCAGCCUGCCCGCCGUAGACCACUCGCGCGCCACCAGCCUCGACCUCGACCCACCCUCCCAAACACACAGCCUCUCCACAUCGCCCUCCUUUCCUCUCCACGCCUAUCCGCGCUCCUCCAUCUUAAUCAAUGCUCGCCAGCGUCCCUACAAGGGCGUCAUCUACGCCAACCCCGCCCUCGUCUCGGGCUCCGCCGCCUUGGCGGCACCCGUUGUCUCGCACAUCCCUGCCGUCCCCUCCCGCAGGGAACGCGAAAAGGAGCGUGAACGUGCGCGAGAGCGCGAAAAGGAGCGCGAACGCGAACGCGAGAGGGCCAAGAACAAGGACGACGAAAAGAUCUGGGGCAUCCCCAAGAAGGCGCUCCUCCUCGGCCUCGGCGAUCUCAACUUCAAUGCACAGAUGGCCAUGAUGGCAGGCUGGGGUCACGGCAGCGGAGGCGCCUCCAUCCUGCCCAGCACCGCCGUCCCCUCUUCCAACGACCGCAAACGCAUCCGCCCUUCCACCGCAGGCGACGCUCCGCGCUCCGCACCCUCCUCCAUCACUUCCCGACGCUCAGCCAACGACGAUUCCGACGACGACGCAGACACGCAUCGCUCCCAAAAACAGUCGCGCCGUCCCUUGACCAGCAGCGGUAGCGGCAGCGGCAACGGCAGCAGCAGCGCUAUACUCGUCACCGACGGCGCCCAUUCGUCCUCGAGCAAAAAGGCGUCGUCCAAUGGCGACGCCAGUGCCGGCACGUCACCCACAGAAGAACGUAUGGACCCGGAAGAGCUCGCCGCUCUCAAUGCCAUCAUCAACACCCGCCGCAGUAUGGCAGCAGCUCAGGCCCUCGUCAGCGGCCAGAUCGGCGUCACCCCUCGUUCCGCCCGCGGCUCCAGCUUUGGUGGCUCCACUCACGACCUCUCCCGUCCCCCGCUCGAGGAAAAGCGCUUCGAAUCGCAGGAGUCCGUUCCCAGCAUGAGCUCCAUGGCGCAUUCCUCUACCAGCUUCGCCAGCAGCAACCUCCCCACAUCUCCCUCUGACCGCGGCCUCCAACCGCCGCCUUCGCUCUCCAUCGGCUCCGGCUCCACCAUCCUCGAGGCCGCCGAAAUCAAGUCGCCGCGCAUCCGCUUCGCGCCUCUGCCCACUCCAGCUUCGGCACCACCUUAUCCAGGCAAGGCGGCCGACUCCUCGCUCAACGGCCAUCCUGCAGUGCUCGUCGAGGACUCCGAAGAGAGCGACACAAGCGACUCGGACUUCGACUCCGACGAUGAGUCCAAGUCGAUGAAGGGAAAGUGGUACCUCAUGGGCAUGCCUUCGGCCUACUUCAAGCCGCAGUACUACACCAGCAAGAGCAGCCGACGUCGCCACUCCAAGAGCAACAGCACCACCGGUCUCGCCGAUGCCGACGACAACAACACCGAGGACGGUCACAGCCUGCGUCGCAAGAGCACCGGCAGCCUGUCGGACGGCACCAGCAUCGACACCAGACGCAAGGCUGCCUCCGAGAACGACGACGAGGAACGCGGAAGGUCGGGUGCUUCAGCGUCCAAGUCCACGCGCAAGUCCUCGCACUCGCGUCGACGCUCCCGCAGCCGCACUGGCGCCAUCAGCUCGGGCGACGAGGACGAACGCGCGCGUCGAAGGGAGCUGAUCCGCCUAGCGCGACCGGGAGGCACGGGCAUGGUCACGCUGCCGGACGGCACCAAGAUCCGCGCACGUCGCGUCAACGACCAGCCGAGCCAGGAAGAGCCCGAGUUCAUCGAGUGGGGCUUUGCAGGUCUCGCUCGCGAAGCGUCACGCCGCAGCCUCGGCGGAAGCGGUCCGCCUUCGUUGGCCACUACGCCCAACAGCACAGACCACAAGGGUCUGGCAGCCUACAUGGAGGCCGAGCAGGACGAGGAAGACGACGGCUCCGGCAUGGCCUGGGUGCGUCGCCGCCGACGCGAGAGGGAAGCACGCGCUCGCAAGGAGCGUGAAGACGCCGAAAGGGCGGCCGCAGAAGUUCAACACUCCGCCGUAUCCGCUGCCGUUCCGCCUUCCGAGACGUCGGCCGGAGAGGUCGAUCAUGCUGACGCGAGCUUGGUCUCUUCGGACGUAGCUCCCGCGCCCGAGCUUGACCCUGCCGUGACUCCACCUGUAACGGCGACUGUCGAAGUCGCGGCGCCAACAGAGUCAGCCCAGCAGGAGGUCUCGGCAGUUGCCGACGAGCCAAUGCCGCUGUCCAUCAACACAAAGCUCGCCACCACAGAGCGGCCCACGUCCCAAGCGCUUCUUCCCGCAAGCGAUCAGUCCCACGCCACGGGCAGUACGUUCGACGACGCCGCCCACUUUGUCGCCUCGCCCACCUCCGAGGAACCGCCCGUCGGCCUCGAAUCGUCGGUGCUGUCGGAAGCGUCCAACGCGGAUUCGGCCAUGACACGAAGCCAGACUCUCAGCAAGCCUGCGCGCGGUCCAGCAGCAACGGGUGCGAUGGCUGGAGACGUCACUCCUCGCCAGAACACCGGCCUGGGCCUCACCGCUGACAAGGCCGAGGAGAUCCGACGGAGGCACGAAGACGAGGUGGCUGCGCUCGGAGCCGAGGUGCUCGCCCAGACGCGACGCAACAACCAGCGUCGCCAAGCAAGCGCUUCGGCAGGUCGCGGCGUCGCAUCGCCCAACCUCGGUGGUGAGGACUCGUCUGCGGAGCGAGAGCACGCGACACCAGCCAAGAGCACCAACCGAAUCAGCCAGCCUUCCAUGGCAGCGGCCCCGGCAAUGACCGGCUCCGCCUCGCUGUCCAAGUCGGCCUCGCGCGAUGCCGCGUACGAGAAGAAGUCGAUCUCGCGUGCUGUGGGCUCCAUCAUGCGCAAGGCCACCACGGACAGCGACAAGACGGUGCGCACGCAGCAGGGACACGCCUCGCUCAACGCCUCGGCUGACGAGUCCUGGAAGAGGCACGAUAGGGCCGCUUCUUCUCCCGCUCCCGCACACGCCGCCGAGCGCGUGCAUUACCGAGAAUCCAGCGCAGCCGCUGCCGCUGUCACUUCUCCGACCACGCUCGACGGCGCAGCCCCGCGCGUGUCGAUCGGUCGCAGCGCAUCGCCAGAGAGCACGCUGUCUCGCCAGUCUUCGGCCGUCGGAUACGCAGCGUCGACCGCGAGCAAGUCGGCGUCGUCGCUUCACGGACCUGGCGGCUCGACGCACGCGAGCUCGCCCAUGUCGACCAAGCGCAUGACGCUGGAUCCUUCGGUGAGCACGCCGGUGCCUUCGCCGUGGCUGCCGCGUCGACCGGACGCGCGCGGCGUGUCGGUGGUGCCGCUUCCGCAGCUUGGCGUGCGUCCCGAACGGCCGCGCGAAGGACGCGUGUGGCAGUCGGACGACAGCGAUGCCGACGAUGUGGUCAAGGUGGGCGCAGCCGAGGGCGAGGAAGAGGAAGAGGAGGAGGACGAGGAGGAAGAGGAAGAGGGCUCGGAUCUGGAUGCCGAGGAGCUGCUCGAGGAAGAGCGCAAGACGGCCAUGCAGAAGAAGCGUGCGACGACGCGCGCGGCGGGCCAGGAGGUGGUGCACGCACGCAUGGGCAAGAAGGCGUCUUCGCGCGCGCUGUCGGAUCUGACGGCGUCGUACGACGACAUGGCGCUGUCGACGUCGUCGCGCCAGCGCAGGAGCCGACCGGCGCGACGCAGCAGCCUGGAUCCGCGGCUGACGACCAACGCGUCGCGCUCCCCGGCAGCGCCGCGCAAAGCGCCGCCGAAGCUGGUGCGCACGCAUCGAUCGAGCUCGUCGAUGCGCUCUGCGGGCGACGACGAAGCGGACGAGGAGGAGGACAACCUGUGGCCCGCAGCGUCGGCGACGAGCAAGUCGGGCACGCCGCGUCCGCGCCACAUCCUCGUCAACCUGCCCGGUGGACCGGGCAUCUGGGACAGCAAGACGGGCGGCGGACGCAAUGCUGUGGCGGCGAUCAACACGGUCGCUGCGGCGCGUGCCAAGGCGAUCAAGAAGCGCGCCAAGGACCCGCGCACGUCGUUUGAGCUGCCGCCCAACUGGGACGACGAGAUGAUGGACUAUGGCUGGCCACGCAGUCUCAAGGGCUCGCUGUACUGA